UAUUUUUGCCUGGAGAAAUGAAUUCCAUCGCCGUGGUUCGCGCCACCACGGCGGGGCCACUCCCUCUCGUCCGGCCUCACUCCACCGGUAACAAUUGCGUUGCCGCCGCAGCGGCGGUGCCACUUUCUCCCGUCCGGCUUCAUUCCACCGGAAACAAUUGCGUCGCCGCCACUGUAUCCGAGAACUUCGCAGUAGACUGCCGGAAUCUCAGCUACUCGAUUAAAACUAAGCAAGGAAAAUCUGUUCCGAUUCUCAACGAUUGCUCGCUCAGUAUCCCCUCUGGACAAUUCUGGAUGCUCCUCGGCCCCAAUGGCUGCGGAAAAUCUACCCUCCUAAAAAUUUUGGGUGGUCUAUUGAAUCCAAAUGAUGGAUAUUUGCAUGUGAAGAAGCCGACAAGUUUUGUGUUUCAGAAUCCUGAUCAUCAGGUAGUUAUGCCCACAGUGGAGGCAGAUGUGGCAUUUGGCCUCGGCAAAUUCAACAUAACGAAUGAUGAGAUCACGUCUAGAGUGGCUAAAGCAUUGGAAGCUGUAGGCAUGUAUGAAUAUUUACAAAGACCAGUUCAAACGCUUAGCGGUGGUCAAAAGCAAAGGGUUGCCAUAGCUGGGGCUCUGGCAGAAGCAUGCAAAGUCUUGUUACUAGACGAGCUCACAUCAUUCUUGGAUGAUAAUGAUCAGAUUGGGGUUAUAAAAGCAGUAAAAAGCUCGCUGGCUAGUUCAUCAGGAACGACGGCAUUGUGGGUUACCCAUAGGCUGGAAGAACUCGAGUAUGCAGACGGUGCUAUCUAUAUGGAAAAUGGCAAGGUCAUUUUGCAAGGUGAUGCUUCGACCAUCAUGAAUUUUGUCGAGGCUCAGCAAGCCUCUUACAUAAAGCAAAUUAAUUCUUGAAUAAUGAAUUAUGCCAUGUACAUUGGUUCCCUUUUCAAGCAAAAUAGAUGAGUUUGACAUAGU